UUGAAGCUUUUUUCUUUAAAGAAAAAAAAAAAAGGAAAAUUAACAAAAGGAUAAAAUUAGGACAACCCCUCCUCUAUUUUUCUCUCUCUCUCUCUUCAAAUGGCAACUUAGUUUUUUUCUUUUUUUUUUUUUGGAGGGGGGAUCUGCAAUUUUUGAGAGUGAAUUUGUUAAUUUUGUUAUUGGUUUUAAAGGAAGGGAAGUUUUUUUUUUCUUUUUUCCAACUUAUUUCUCCGACAUUUCAGGUACUUUCUGAAACUUGAAAUCGCUUCUCUUAGAAACUAGUGCCUCAAAACAAAAUUUAUAUAUAUAAGAAAAAAAAUGCUGGAUUAUGAAUGGGGAUCAACAAACGCGCCGCCGAUCAUCCUCUCCGGCGAAGAAUCCGACCCUGUUUUCAACUCCGACCCAACUCACUCUCACAACUUUUCCACUUUCCUAGACCAUAACCACAACACAUUCCUCCCGCCGCCGCCGCCGCCUCCGCCGCCGUCCACGGCGGCGUUCAGUUCUCACUUCGGCAGUUUCUACGACCACCCACAUAGCUACACUAUGGGUCCUCCUUCUCAUCAUUACGAUACUGUGGCCGGCGGCGGAGGGGAGUUUGUGGUGGUGACGAAGAGCGAGGAAGUUUGUGGGAGUAUGGCAGCGGCGGCACCCGUAGAAUUUGCGGCGAGGAUUGGGCUGAAUUUAGGGGGAAGGACGUAUUUCUCAUCGGAGGAGGAGGAGUUUGUGAACCGGCUGUACCGGAGGACGAGAACCGGCGGCGAAAUGGCCGGUUCGGGGAAUUGGGCGGUUCGGUGUCAAGCAGAAGGGUGUAAUGCGGAUCUGAGUCAAGCGAAGCACUACCACCGACGCCAUAAGGUUUGUGAAUUUCAUUCUAAAGCUUCCACUGUCAUCACCGCCGGGUUGACUCAGAGGUUCUGUCAACAAUGCAGCAGGUUUCAUGUACUAGCGGAGUUUGAUAAUGGAAAACGGAGUUGUCGCAAAAGAUUGGCAGAUCACAACCGUCGACGAAGAAAGACUCAACAAUCCCAUCAAGGAAGCCCCAACUCAUCUCAACCACUCGAAACUACUACUUCUUCUACUGAUUCUGCUGCCAUGCAAUUGAGUUUUGUAGGGUCGGCAACGGAGUCAACAGGACAGUCAGCGUGGUCGGUAACAGUGGCGAUGUCUCCGGCGAGAAUGUCAGUGGACUGCCUUAACCAACGGCCAUAUUAACAAAAUUGUAAACGGCCAUUAAACUUGAAUUUCUAUAAUAUAUUCUUCUCAGUGAUUGUGAUGAGAACACGUGGCAAAAGAAAGGAAUUUAAUUAGGAAAUAACAUAGAGAAGAAUAUGAUAUAUAUGAUUUAUAUGUGUAUUGUGUGUAGGUAGCUGUUCUCAAUUAAUUAACCUUCUAUAUUGUAGUUUUAACUACAUUUUCAUUUUCCCAGCUGUGUAAUUUCAUGAAUUAG